AGCGCAUAGUAAGAAUUCGAGUAUAAAGGAAGAUUUUUGAUGUUCGGCGCUAGAAUGUAGUUGUCGCUGGUGGUUCCAGUGAAGCUACUACAUCAGUGUUACUUGAAAAAUGAGCAAUCGCCCGGAAGUAGUACGAGGCUUUACUAGGAUGCCAUCUUUGUGGAGUAAGUCGCUCCUGUAAGUAGUUCUACCUGUUUCGAUAUCUUCUCAGACGUUGAUCAUAAUGCCCGCUUUGUACGGAGCCGCGACCGAGGACCUGUUGGCGCAUGUGGCGCACAAAAACACGUUUCGGGCGGAAACCUACGUGGACUAUUCCACCUGUCCUGGCUAUGUUGGAACCGUUUUCAGGUGGGGGCAGUCGGCAAAUGGAGAUCGAGCUAUGAGUUUGUAUAUGUAUUGCGUAUUAUAAACUCAAUUACAAUACCGGGUUUUCACAGGAUCACAAUGUUUCAGAAGGAACCUCCGCUAGAAAUUCUGAAGGUAGCAACUGAUUGAACUCAUCACUCUGUCAUCCGCUAUAUCUAUUUAUGUGGCGAUGAAGACGCCUUCCCUUCGGCAAUGAGCGGCCUAUCCCCGUCGUUCUUGUCUGUUCCCCAUUUGACACAACCAUACCGGCGCCAAGUUCUUUCACAAACCGAACAAGGAAGACCGUUCUGUUUUCGUGAAAGCCGAGGAGAAGGUGGAAAAAGGAGCAGAAGCGCUGCGUUCCGGAUUCGGAAAAUUCUACAUCCAGACCAUGCCUAGUAUGUUUUACCGCAAGAAAAGACGGUCUCGGUCUCAUGAUACUAUGAUUGUGAAAGUCCUCCUCGCUGACUGUAGCUUCGUUUUCUGUCAUGUUUGGCAUGAACCUAAGGCAGAGUAUUUGCCACGUGUUUUAAUCAUUUCUUGCUCAUGACGCAUCUUUACGGUUUUUUUCGCUUGCCUAGUUAAGAACUUCAUGCAGAGCAACAAGUUUGUGUUUGUCUUGCUAAGUGUCCGUUGUAAACAAAGGUUUGAGCAGCAGACCGAGAUCGGUUUUUCCUUAGGAUAUUUUUCAGUCAGCCUGCACCAUUCUUGGCGGGCUUGUGCUCGGGUCCGGCGUACUUCAAGUCAGCGAGGGUGUGGCAAGGUAUCUGGAGCGCAAGGCUGACGCGGGACGGCGAAGGUGGAGCGGCGAUACGAACAGAAAGCCAAUUCUAUGAAAGUGCACAAGAAUUGUUCUCCCUUGUUCUCAUUUCUCAUGUGAGACACCAAGUUUAGGACCAGAUCCAGAUCUAGUUGCUCCUGUUUUCUUACGACCCUUUUCUUGCCGCUAGUAUGCAUGACAAAUUCCAGAAGCCGUCGAAACUGUGCUACUUCGUGGCACAGGAAAAACUUGUCAUGCACGGUCUCCAUGAUAGCGGGGGUGAGUUUGUACUGCAAUUGAGGAGGAGGGGAAGUUUUGCACGGUCAUAAAUUCCAAAGGGGCGCUACAAUUGAGGUGACGCGAGUCCUCGGCGGAGCAUUUUAGUUAUUCCGGAUUUGAAGUACUGAGACUAACUUGCUCUUCGUUUUCCUCCGGCCACCGAGGAAGGAUUUUGGGUUCUCAGGAUCUUUUGACCAGGUGACCACGUAAGUAGUGCAACUGGGCGCUUGUUACCUACACAUAAUACAUUCCGCACCAGUGCUUUGUACCGAAGUGAUCAGUACGUCUACGUUUUUACUAGCACGACGCUUGUUGUGUGGAAGCGAAAUUGGUUCUUGCCGCUCAUAUUGAAGCGAGCGCAACGCCAC